UCACUUUCCCAAACAAAAAAAAAGAAGAGUUAGGGUUCUUCAUUCUACUCAACGCGAUGGUUGAAUUUGGAGGAGGCUGGGUCAAGUUGCUCGAACCAGCGUAUUUGCUGUGGAAACCUACGGACUCUGACUACGAGAGACCUCCAUACAUGACUCGGACGGAGAAAGAUAAGCCUGAGCUCACACCAGAUCAAGAACUUGCAUUAAUGACCAAAGAAGUCAUUGACAGCGAUGGGUUUGAUAUAGAUUUCAGACCUUUCAGCUGCGUUUUCAACUACCAUCCAGCGAUUCUCCAUUCAUGUGAAUUCUCUGACGAUGAGACAGAAACCUGUGAGGAUUUACUCAAGAGGCUUGCUCAGGGAUCCCUUAAUGACCACAAUGUCAAUUAUGGCACAAGAUUUGAGUUUAUCAAGAUUGUUAAAGCUAAUUAUCACUUUGCUGCUGCGAUUAUGUAUCUCAUAACAUAUCAAGUUAAGGAUCCUUGUGAUGACAAGAUUAAACUCUUCCAAUCAAGGGUACUUCACGCUGACAACAUCAGGACUGAGUAUGUCUUCUGCAGGCCCCAACCCAAUCAAGGAGUUGAAUGCACUGGGAUCAAGAAAGAUGUGAAGAGAGACAUUGAGCAAGUUGUCAAGAGAGAUGUUCAGAUAGAUGUCAAGAAACAAAAAUUGGAGUAUGAGCUUUUGUGUGCCACUACGAGUUAGAACCCGGAGAUGCUCCAUUGCUUUUAUAUCUAUUUGCGUCCUCGAUGUGACUUUAGUUAAUUUACUUAUGUCUGUUUCUUGUGUUGUUGCUACCAAGUGAAACUUAUAUCGUACGAGUUGAUGGUUGUUUUAUUUUGUCUCUGU